AUGGAGCUGCUUUCAGCCUCCACGUCUCCUCCAGCGCUUCUAACACCAACCCUGGACAUCUAUUCAAAGUCAGGAGACUCUGUAGUUCUGGUCUGCGGAGCCCCUGAGGGUCACCAUGGGGUUCUGUUCAUGUUGUACCGUGACAAAGAAAAAAUUGACUGGCGUGAACUGCAGUAUGCUGAGGAGAAGGUUUACUUCACUGUCAGGAUGGAAGAAUCAAAAUCAGGCCAGCGCUAUCUUUACUGCUGCCUGUACAAGAACCAAGAGGGAAUGUACAGUCUCUUCAGUCCCUACUUACAACUUAAGAAACAAAAAGCUGAAGGCCCAACUCCAUCCAUUCCUUCGUUCCCCUCACCAGUGUUAUCCGUACAGCCCUCCAACGAGGCGGCAGAACUCGGAGACACGCUCCACUUCCGAUGUAGCGUCCCCACUCACUCCUACCAUUUGCAGUCCCAGUCUAACAAACCUGCAACCUAUCUUUUGCUGAGGGCGCAAACAGGAGUGACAUCUGUCAUCCCACAGCGUCAGGCUAGUCAGAUGUCGAACUCUGAACCACAGCCAGGAGUCUUCAAUGUGGGCCCAUUAAGAGGAGGGGAGGAGGGCGAGUACACCUGCCUCUACCAGAUCAACAGUAAAAGGGGGCUGGUUAACUCAUCUGUCAGCAACACGGUACAUGUUACCAUUAAAGGUGUGCUCCCUGUUCCCUCCCUCAUCCUCCAGCAGCAGACGGAUGUGUGGCAUAUGCUCUGCAGAGGAUCCCCUGCAUACCCCGGUUCCUUGUUUUCACUCUAUGUAGUUGGUAACGAACAUCCUGUGGCAACUUACCAUGCAAAUGCAUUGCACCAUCAAGCCACAUUCCCAGUGCCAGUCCAGGACUCACCAGUGACCUUUUAUCAGUGUCAGUACAGUGCGCUGUUAGGGAGCUCGUGGAGCCCCUCUGAGCGAAGUAUCCCUCUGGCUAUAAGCACAGGAGGUUCGUCUCCACCAUCGAAAGACGUGGACUGGCCUCUUUUACUGGGCUCCUUCUCUGCAGCUGUAUUAUUUCUAUGCUCGCUGGUUUUUGCGGUAAUGUUUGCGAAGAGGAAAGUAAAAGCAGCCGCCGAGGAAAAAAAGAGAAGGAAACAAGCACAGUUCUGGACAAAAGUGCACGCUCGAGAUCACAUUGUUGAUCUUACUCUCAGACGAACCAGUUUCACUUCUCAGGAAUGGGCCUGCGGGGACACGGAAACACCUUCCAGAUCUUCUCUCUGGAACCCCCUCACGACUUUCACGACCCCUAACCAUUAGAGAUGUUUGUUUCAUCUCUACCUGUGUCUGUAUGUGUGUGAAUGUGUGUGUG